AUGUUCGGCCUGCACGAACAUCUGGGGAGGGACGUCAGCGGAUUGAAGGAGCGAGGUCUUGAGGAGAUGGAUCCCGUGCGCUCCUGGGUUAGGAAUGUCGGGGUGGUGGACGCAAAUGUUGCCGCUCAAAGUGGGGUUGCUCUGUCACGAGCUCACUUUGAGAAGCAGCCUCCCUCCAAUCUGAGAAAAUCCAACUUCUUCCAUUUCGUUCUGGCAUUAUACGACCGGCACGGGCAACCAGUGGAGGUGGAGAGGACAUCCUUUGUUGACUUUGUGGAGCAUGAUAAGGAACAGACAGGAGAAAAGACCAAUAAUGGCAUACACUACAAACUACAGCUCCUGUACAGCAAUGGUGUGCGCACAGAACAGGACCUGUACGCCCGUCUCAUUGACUCGGUCUCCAAACAGGCGAUUGCCUAUGAAGGACAGAAUAAAAACCCAGAGAUGUGCAGAGUGCUACUCACUCAUGAAGUCAUGUGCAGUCGGUGUUGUGAGAAAAAGAGUUGUGGGAACCGCAAUGAAACUCCCUCAGAUCCGGUCAUCAUAGACAGGUUUUUCUUGAAGUUCUUCUUAAAAUGCAACCAGAACUGUCUGAAGACGGCAGGAAACCCCCGCGAUAUGCGAAGAUUUCAGGUGGUGCUCUCCACUACUGUGAAUGUAGACGGGCCAGUCCUGGCCAUCUCAGACAACAUGUUUGUGCACAACAACUCCAAACAUGGGCGCCGCGCGCGGAGGCUGGAUCCGUCUGAAUCGAUGGAGAACAGCAUGGAGUACGCCACGCCCUGUAUAAAGGCCAUCAGUCCGAGCGAAGGCUGGACCACAGGCGGUGCCAUGGUGAUCGUGAUCGGGGAGAACUUCUUCGACGGUCUGCAGGUGGUGUUUGGCAGCAUGCUGGUGUGGAGUGAGCUCAUCACUCCUCACGCCAUCCGGGUGCAGACGCCUCCGCGCCACAUCCCCGGGGUCGUGGAGGUCACACUGUCCUACAAGUCAAAGCAGUUCUGCAAAGGGGCGCCAGGACGCUUCAUCUACACAGCACUGAAUGAGCCCACCAUAGACUACGGCUUCCAGAGGCUGCAGAAAGUCAUUCCCAGACACCCAGGAGACCCAGACAAACUAGCAAAGGAGAUGCUGUUGAAGAGAGCAGCAGAUCUGGUGGAGGCACUGUACGGGAAUCCCCACAGUAAUCAGGACAUGCUGCUGAAACGGGCUGCGGACAUAGCGGAGGCUCUCUACAGUGUUCCGCGACCUCACAGUCAGCUGCAGGCUCUGCCCUCCUCGCCCGCCCAUGGCAGUGUGAUGGGCAUCAGCUCCUACCCGCCGCCUCAGCUGGGCAUCAGCGUACCCGAACCACAGAGCGCCAGCCAGGGCUACAUGCGUAACUCCAGCAGCCUCUCUCCACGGGGGUACCCCUCCGCCUCCACGCCCCAGCAGUCAGGCUACGGCAGCGGUGGCAUGGGUGGUGGCUACAGCGCUGUGCCCAUGAGCAGCCUCGGAGUGCCAGGGUCGCCGGGGUUCAGUAACGCCUCACCAUCAGCUUCCCCUUACGGCAUGAUGCCAUCUAGUCCAGUCCCCGGGUCGGGCUCGUCCUCCUCCCUGCUGCCGUUCUCCUCCUUCCCCACCUCCUCCUCCUCAGCCAAACAGAAGAGCGCCUUCGCCCCGGUCCUCCGCCCCCAGGGCUCCCCCUCCCCUGUGUGCCCCAGCUCUGGCAACAGCUUCAGAGCAGCAAUGACUGGCCUGGUGGUGCCACCCAUGUAAAGAAGAACCAAUCAUCUCUUUCUCAGCAACAGCCCUGACCAAUCACAAACUCUACAGCCAGCCUAGGCUCAGGGCUGCAGGCACACUUCGAACAUCACUGCCUGUCAACAAAUCCCAGAGGCCUUUCUAAAUCUCCAGACAUUCCUCAGAGAGAAGCCAGCAGAAUGCAGUGGAACCUGCAAAAGGCUCUCCGAGUCUCUGUGACUGAAGCACACGGUUGAUGUAACCACAGUAAAAGGGGGUUCUGGGCAUGUGAGAAGAUAAACUAUGAAUCUGCUUCUUGCAUCUUGCAAAGAAGCUGCCAUGUUUCUUCCUCCUUCAACAUCAGUACACAUUCACUUUCACAUACACACACACACACACACACACACGCAUAUGUACACACACACAAACACACACAAACAUCCAACAUGUGUUACCUAAUUAUUUUUGCAGUAGCAGGUUCUUUGCAAGAGACACAUUUCACUGCAAGAGA